AUUGUAAAGCUUUCAUUUUUUGUAUGAUAAACUGCAUAUAAUGGUUACAGUUAAAACAAUUAAGAAUCAUUAUCAGAAACUAUAUUAUAUUGGAUAAUUUUAAAUUAGUAACAAAUAUGUAAAUUUAUUUAAUUCAUAUAGUAUUGGUAAAACAAAAUUUCAUCAUGGUAACUAAAUCAGUAUCAUGUAAGUUAAUAAUUGAAUUAUAAAAUAUAGCCUAAUAAAUAUAAUAGUUAUUAAAAUAUUUUUUUUCCAGUUAUUGCUAAAAUCAAAAAUCUUCAAGAUUAUCAAUUGCGAUUGAGCUACAACACGAUGCCUUGUCCUUCUGGACUAGAUAUAGCUAACUGUUUAAAAUAUUUUUCUCAAGUACUUUUAAGUAAGUUUGAAAUAUUAUAUUAUACUAUAAAUAUUAAUUUAUUAAUAAAAUAAUAAAGUUAAAACAAAAUUAUUAAAUGGUUAAUACUCGUAAAUAAAUAUAUAAAUAAAUAUCUUAUGUGUAAAAAUAAAUAAAUUAAUAAUAGCGUUUUACUUUUUGACUUUGUGAUUUACCUGAUUGUAGAUUUUUAAUUUAAAACCGUGUGUAUAAUUAAAAUUAUUAUUAUUUUGUAUGGCAAUAUUAUUAAAAUAAUAAUUUAAUUGUGUGCUCUAUUUUCUAUUUCAAUUUAAGAGUUUUUUAUUAUUAUUAUUUAUAAACAAAAUAUACAAUUUAUACCUCUUUAACACAUUAACAAUAUAUGAUUAACGAAUGUACAGCAGGUGACAUUUUUAAUGGAAAAAAACCAUUCAGUGGUGGCACUACAUUUUUUGUUAUUUAUAUUUUAAUUGCUAUUUUAGAAGAUCAUGACACUUAUUUCUUUUGAGCCUUGUUUAAGAGUCACCAGAAAUUGUGGUUGUAGCUAAGUUAAAUAUGAGGGGCUGCGAUGGAAAAGUAAUUUAGAGUAAAAUCUUUAAGAGUUUAUCAAAUUUGUUUUUUAGACAAUUCUAUAUAGGUAGGUAGUAUCUACCUACUUGUUUUACUUUUUUUUUAAAUUAUAACUUAAUGGGACAAGCUCUUUAAAAUAGAUGUAAAUAUAAAACUUAAAUACUAGGGAUAAUCAUAGAAUAAUAAUUAAUAGGUAAUACAUUUUUCCAGAUUGUAUGCUUUUUAUAUUAUUUAAAAACAUGUAUUAUUUUUUAGCAAUAUUAAAGGAAGUUCCUAAAUCCCCGCACGAAAUGAUUUUACAUCCAGAAAUGGAUGCCACUCGUUUAGCACUCUACCCAACAUUGGAUUACAUAGGCUUAUAUUCUGCUCUUGAAUCAUUACUUCACGCUGCAUCUUCUAUAAAUACUGGUUUACAAGGUAAGUAAACCACUAUUAUUAUUAUUUAAAAGAGUUUAUAGAAAAUUGAAUCACAAAAAAAUUAUAAAAAUCUAAAUAUUUUUGAAUAAAUAAUUAAGUAUGAAUUCAAUAUCAAUAGUCUAUUUAACUGGCUAUUGAUGGUAAUGACCAGGUAGUCUACAUUUACAUAAUUUCUCACAUUAACAUCUUUGAUUAUAACACAUACCUACAGUCUGUAAAUACUAUAUCCUUACACAUCCUUUUUAUAAAGGAGUUUUAGUAUACAAUUUUGACGAAAAUUGUUUGAGUCAAAAAUUAUGUGGAACAAAUCUAGUUACUGGUCAAUGCAAAUUGUUCAAUACAUAUACAUGUAUAUUUCCGAUUUAAGAUCUAUGGUAAAGUCAGAAUUUUACGGACUGAGUUUCAAAAUUCUAGCUUUUUGAAGUUCUGGUAUUAUGUGGAUAUUAUACCUAUGUGUUAUAUUAAAUAAAAUAGGUAACUCAAUUUUGUCAAUUUUAUAGUAGGUACCUAUGUCUGUCGUAGUUUAUUAGUGGUAGGUAUGAGGUAUCUAUCAUUAUCCUAGAAAUUGUAAGUUCAAAUUCAAAUUCCAUAAAAACAUUUUGCUAAACCACGUCGGGUAUGAAAAUGUGUAUUACUGAGUUUAACAACCAACUAAAAAAACAAAAUUAAAAUUAUAUAGCUCAGUCAAAGGUAUUAAGGGUUUUGAAUAAGCGUUUACAUUCCCUAUUUUAAUAAAAUCUUUAGUAAGUAAGACACAAUAUAUCUGUAAUAUUUAUUUCAUUUUGAUGCAUUUUUUGCAAUUAAUGCAAUUCAUUUUUUUAGCAUUUGGUGAAGCAUUCAAUCAAUGUGUGGCUUGUUUGGUUCCUUUUCUUGGCGGUGAUACUUUAGAAAGUUUGCCAUAUAUGAUAGCCACUGCUUUUCAAGUACUCCCUUCAUCAGUUCAUCAUGACUUAAUCAACACACUAUGUUAUUUUGUGAUACCAUUUACUAUACGUAAAAUAAAAAUUAUUUACUAUUUUUUAUAACCUAUUUAUUUUAUUGAACAAAAUAAUUGGAAUUUAAUUUAUUUUGGUUUUUCAGCAAGAAACAAAUGCAUUAACAAUGCAGCUUUAUCUGUAGCUGGGAUUUUAUUAUUAGUAUUUCAAAAUACAUUUGAUACUGGUAAUACAAAGUUAUUAUAUUAAUUCAAAUAAUUAAAUUAUGUUUUAUUUUGUUUUCAGCAUUACAUUUACAAUUGGUAGAACGUCUUAUGACAUUUAAAAAAAAUAUAAAGAAAGACUUACUUAUUGUAAUUGCAUAUGGUACUUCAGUGGCACGUUAUCAUGCUGCAAGAUUGUUAUUUAAUUAUUGGCCUUUGUAUAAUGCCAAUAAAUUUGAUAGAAAUAAACCAAAAUCAAUAGGUAAAUAUAUAUUUGAUGCCUAGAUUAAUAAGUUUGAGAAUUAACUAGAAAAAAAAAAUGAUGUUCUUACUUAUCCUAGGUACCUAUGUAGAUACUCUUAAUAGGUAUAUACCACAAGUUAAGAUUUAUACACUUAUAUUCUUUGAUUGUCAGGCACGUAUAUUUCAAAUUUGCCACUACAACUCAGGAAUGACAAUAAUUGCAUUAUAGAUUGUGAGCUCACCUGAGAUAUAUUUUGUCUGGCGAUAAGGCAGUGGUGAUAUUUUUUAAUAAUGCCAUUAGUCAUAAAUGCAAAUUCCAAGUAGCCCUUGAACACUCAAAACUCUCUUCUUCUCAUUUGCCUUCAUCACAGAUAUUUGGAUUCAGCCAUCCUCGUUAUAUACUUCCACUUGACUCAAUCUCCCUCCUCACAUACAUCAGCUAUCUUUAUGUCAUUCUCAAUUGCAUCUAUCGACCUCUUUUUUGGUCUUCUUCUCUAUCCUUUUCUUCUCACGUAAAUUUUCAUUAUAAUUCUUACUGCUUCAGAUUUCUCUCUCCCUGUGACAUGAUCAAAUCAUCUUAGUCUAUUUUUAUAUCAUUUUGUCUAUUAUUAAAGCUUCUCCUAAGUUAACUCAUAAGUAUUCAUUCUUUAUUCUAUAUUUUCUUGUCACGCCACUUAUCCACCUAAGCAUUCCCAUAUCUGAUCUAAUUUUCUAUCUAUAACCCAACACUGAACUAUACAACAUAGUCAGUCUUACCAAAUUUUUCUAGAACUUAACUUUAAAUCCCAUUGGAUGUCCUUUGUCACUUAAAACACCUGGCGCUUCUUUUCAUAUUAUCCAAUCACGCUUAAUCCUAUGUUUCACAUUCUCAUGAGAUCCACGUUCUUUUAUAAGAAAACUCAACUUCACCUAUAACCACUUAUUAAUAUUAGCUGCCUUGUGCUGUUCAUCCAAACUCUGUUUUUUUUCUACUUAUCCUUAGUCCCUUUCAUUCAAAUGUUACUCUGCAUUCCUCAAAUCUAUUGUUAACUUCUUCUAAAUUUUCGCAUUUCAAAUUUUGAUUAUUAUAAGUUUUACACAAUAGUAGAGCAAAAAUUGAAAAAUAACUCAAUUUUAAAAUGUAUUUUACCGAAUUUUGCUUAUAAUUGAUUUUAUUAGGGAUUAUUUAUCAUUGAGAACAGACAUAAAUCAAAUAAUUCUAUGUGUCCCAUUACCUUAUCUUCCCAGUUCUCAACUUUCAUAAUUUGUUUAUAAUUAAUUACAAUAGAUUUAAUAUACAAUUUAUUCACUACUUUUAGGAAAUUGGUUGGCAUUAUUAUGUCAAAAAAAAAAUUGUCCAAAAGUAGGUUAUGGUCCUGCUGAACGAGUAUGUUUAGAUCAUGAACUAUCUAUGAAACAUGCUGAAAAUUGUCCACCGCCUUUUUAUUUAUGUGCUGAUUGUGCUGAAGACUUACAUAAUAAAAAGCCAACCUAUCAAUUUCAUAUUGUUUUACAACCAUUACUAUUAGCCACCUGGAAAUGUGAAUAUAAAGUAGGUAGCUAAAAAAUUAAUUUUACUUUUUUUAAAUGCUUAAAAUAUAUUUAAAGAAUAUUAUAACACAUAGGAAUGUAAAUCGCAAAAUACUAUGAUUUGCGUAACUUGUUUUUCACCCGAGUGUGCCUCUAUGAACAAAAACAGACCUAUACGAUUAUGUUCGGAUUGUUAUAAAAACAUCCAUUCUGAAAAUGUUGACCAUAUUGUUCACUGGACUCUAAAAUCAUCUGGAGAAUUAGAUAACGAUAUGCAAACUUAUUUGGUUGAAUCUAUUGUUAGGUAUUUAGAUAUUUCUUUGAAUUCAUUAAUUUAAUAUAUUUAUAAUAAAAAUUAUAUACAUGUAUAUUAUAAUCUUUAGUUUGUUAAAAGAAGUCCGUCCACCUAUCUCAGAAGCAACUAAAGAAAGUCAAACUAAAGCAGCUGUAUUUGGUGCUAAGGUAAAAGGAACAAUGUCCUCUAGCAAGACAGAUAAAGAAGAUGAACAACCAGAAGUCACAAUAAAUGAUAGACAACUAAUGGGUAGAACUGGUGUUUGGUUAUUGGUGGCUUUAUAUCGAAUAGAAGAUCAAAAACCUCCAUGUUCUAGUAUAAUGGGACGAUUGUUGUCAAUACUAUUUCACUGGUUUCAUGUCACUGCUUAUUCCUAUGAUGGUAUAUUUAAACUUUAGAUCUAAACAAAAAAAUUAACAAAAUUAUUUAUAUUUAUUUUUUUGAGAAAGUGAGAAGAUAGGUCUUUUUAAAAACUUAGGUAUUAUAAUUUUAUUGUUUUAAUAUCACUUUACUGUAGGUAUACUUAAAAAAACUUUGUUUAAAUUUGUUCUUUCUUUACUUCAUAAUUAUCAAAUUACUUGUUUAUAAUGCUAUUUUUAUUUAGAAAUUAUUUUAAUUGUAUGUUAAUUGUAUGUUACUAUGACAUAUUUAUUUUAGAUCAACAAGAAUGUACCUUAGAAUAUAUGAAAACUGAAUAUAUAGGUGAAAGAUGGUUAAAAGGUGUUAGACAACAUUAUUUUGAAGCGUUUGUUAACUGUUUAUUACCUUGUCCUCCAGAAUACGCACAAGUUGGUGGCAAUUGGUAUAUCACCUAAAAUAUUAAAAAAUAUAUGGUUUAAUAUAAUAAGAUGUUUCAUUUAUAGGGAUAUGUUAGCAAGUCAAACUGCAUUAAUAAGAAAUGGUCUAAAUCAAUUAUUAUGUUUGGUUCCUUAUGACAUUGUCACUUCAGAAAUAUGGGAACUAAUAAUGCCACAUUGGUUAGAAGCUAUUGUUCAAGAUGUUCCACCUGGCGAAUUAGCAGAAUUGCGAAUGCUUUUAUGGUAAACAUAGUAUACAUUGUGUUCUAGUAAAGAAUAGCUAACUCUAAUAAGUGUUACUCCAUACUCUAUAUGUAGCUAUAAGAAUAGGUUUUUUUGAAUUUUUUUUUAAUGUCAAAACUUUGGUUUUACAGAAUUUAUUUGUAAAAUAUUCAUACAAAUAUCACUGAAUUUGGGUAUUUAUUAUGUUUUUUACAUUUAGUUCUGAUAGGAUCUUUAAAUUAACACUUAUAUAAAAAAUUGACUCCAAUGAAAUCCCCAACAAAUGUAUAAUAUACAGUUUAUGUAUUGCACCAAAAUUAUGAUUUUGGACAUGAUGAUAAGCAAAAAAUAGUGGUGAUAAUGAUUAUUUUUGGAAAAAAAUCGAGUGACCCCUAUUUUGUAAGAGAACUUUACAAGAAAUCCUCUGGUGCGGUUUAUUUUUAUUUUGUAUGGAUAUUUUAUAAAUAAAACUAGUAAAACAAAAGUUUUGACAUUAAGCCACAUAAUAUAGAGUAAAACCCCGUAGAGUUGGCCAUUCUUUUCUUGACACCUUGUUUAAUAAAUUAUUGAAUAAUAUCAAUAUUCUGGAAAAUAAAAAUAAUUGAUGUCUAAUUUUUUCAUUUAUUAUUUAAAUUUAGCAAAAUAUUAGAUUCAGAUAUGAGUCCUUUAGGAUUUGAUGCUACUAAAUUGUACAAUUUUAUCGGUGUCCGCUUUAAAGGUACAGCUGCUAAAGUACAAGAACAAGCUUUAACUUGGAUCCAGGUAAAAUAUUUAUAAUAAUUGAUUUAAAUAAUGUUAUUCAUUUGAUUACAUAAUAAAUUAAUCGAAUGAUUAUUUAAAAAAUACUUGACAGGUAUUAACCAGUUUAGAAAUUGGAAUACCAAUACAAUUAUUAUUCAACUUCUUUAAAGAUGGAGUAGAAAGCUUAAAGAAUAUCUAUAUCAAUGAAAAUAUUAUAGAAUCUGGUUUUGUAAAGAGUAAUUUAAGUUAGUAUCAACCUAUUAUUAUGAGUAUUGUAUAUUUAAAUUAAAUAAUAAAUAAAAGUACUUUACAUUUUUUAAUAGUGAUUAUUUAUUUCAGAUCCAGUUAUAAUUAAACGAACAGAAAGCGUCACUGAUGAUGAAGAUAAACAAAAUUAUAAUACUAAACUGGAAUUGUCAGAAGAUGACGUGAAACUUAGCUGCUGUGUAUUAAUGCUAGAUAUAAUAUCUAAACAAGUAUUAAAAUAAAAAAUAACUAAAAUUUUUUCAGUGAGAUACAUUAGGUUUUGUAAUUUGUUAAAUAUUAAUUUAGAUUGAAUUACAUGGAAUUGAAAAACACACCGGAUUUGGAAGUACAAUAAACCAUGAUGUUUGUAAAUUAAUUACUAAUACCUUAGUUUCUGGUUGGUUUACUAAGUCUCACACAGAUUGUGAUAACAAAAUAGAGUGUAUAUCGUAUGAACUAAUGGUUUUAUGGCACCAACUUGCAAAUUCUUUAGUGGAAUAUAUUUCUUUGCCUAAUUUAGCACAUCCUCCUGAUGUAAGUAAAUAAUACAUUAUCAUAGAUUUAUAACGUGUAUUUAUUAGAAUUCUAAAUUAUUAUUACUAAAAGUUUUAUUUGCAGGAUCCAAUUAUAGAUGAAUGUUUUUCUGAGGAUACAAAAAAAACACCAACAGAAGUUGAUAAAAAAGAAUCAAAAUAUGAAGGAACUAAUUUAUCUUUUAUGUUAACCCCGGAUACUAUUGGUGGUCUUUUAGUAAACAUGCCCCAAGUAAAGGCUUAGUAAAAUAAUAAAUAAUAUGUAUUAAAACUAGAUGUCCAUUAGAUGAAGGUAUAUCAAAACUAUUUUUUUUCUAGUGUUGAUUUUCUAUCAUCACACUUUUUCUCCCUUCAUACUUAACCAAAAUCGAUAUUUGAGAUAACAUUUUAAAGGUUAUAUUCCCUUGUUUUAAAUUCACAAAUGCACACUGUUUUUCGAGCUAGAUUUCCAUCAUGAUAAAAUAAUUGGACGAAAAUCUCUUGCUAGGGAAAUGUAACUGCUUUAGUUUUUAUGAGUUUAUUUUUAAAAUGUGAAGUAUGUAUAAAUACAAGUAUAUAUAUAAACUAGUGUAUUUUAUAUAUGCAUAUAUUUCACUUUAGUUUUUAGAUUCUGAGUGGAGGGAAGAAGCUUAUGGUUUUGCAAUGUUAAUUUUUUUUAUCUGUGAACAAUAAACCAGAAAUAUUGAUUUACAAACGUAGCACUUUUUCUGAAAGGAAACCAGACUGGGGUGGUAGGUACUUUAGGGAGGUCGUCAUUUUUUAAUUUUCUCAAUAAAUGUGAAAAAUCGGGAAAAUAGAUACAAUAUUAAACUAAUAUUAUUAAAAAUAUACAUAAUUCCUAUGUAAUUAUUUUACCAUAAUAUGACUAUUUAUAUUGAUGACAAAGCAACACUAUCAACUGAACUUGUAUUAACUUGUAAUAACAGUUUUUUAUCCGUGAUAUCUAGGUAAGUUAAAUUUAAAAAAUUCAAUUUAUGUUCCAAAAUUACCAUCAUAUUCUAUUUAUAUUUCAUCCAAAUCCAUUCUGUUGGUUUGGCGUGAUUGAGUCACACUGUCACUAACUUUUACAUUUCAAUGAGAAGUUAUUAAAAAUAAAUCAAAACAUAGUCAAUGGUAAAUAAUGAAAUAGUUAAAAGUACGAGUUAGUGCUUAAUUAUUUCAGGAGCUAGGUAAGAAAAAUAUCUACACAAUUUUACUUUGACAAUAGAAUUUUAAAAAUGGGUUAAAAAUUAAUUUUUGGUGUAUAGCAAUACAAUUUCAGGAAUUAAAUAGGCAACAUUAUUUUUUAAUUUGGGAACCACUGCUUUUUUAUUAAUUAUUGCUAAUAUUACCUUAUUAAAUAUAAAAUAAUACUUACCUUGGUAUAAUCAUUUGUAGAUUUGUAGAAUAUGUUGUGGAAUAUAAUUACAUAGAUAAUAAAUCAUUUAACUACAGUACAAUACUCUAAUUAGAUGUAGUCAGUAAUUAAUUUAUUUGAUACUUUGGUUAAAAAACUAAUGUAGUUAGUAAAAUAAUCUAAUGUAAUACACACAAGUUUAAUUGUGUAGGUACUAUUUUAAAAAAGACUGGCAUACUUCGCACGAUGGGUGCAGCCACUGUUAUUGAUGAGAAGUUGGGAAAGUAAUAUAUAGAGGGGAAAUUAAUUUGUAUCUAAGCAACAAUAAACCAUUGCUUACUAAAAACGAUUCUGAGUGGAGUUCAGUUGAUAGUAAUGCUUUGCCAACAAUCUAUAUAUAUUAUGGUGAAAUAAUUAAAUAGGCAUUAUGUAUUUUCUUUAAUAAAAUUUGUUUAAUACUGUAUCGAUUUUUCCGUUUUUCCCCAUGGUUUUAUCCCAGUUUUUCACAUUUGCUGGGAAAAUCAAAAAAAGAUCUAAUGUACCUUCCCAGUCAGAUUUCCUUUUAGAACAAGUGCUAUCAUUGUAAAUCACUACACUUAGAAUCUAAAAUACUAACAUAUAAUUUUUCAUUAAUAAUCUUAUAUUUGUAUAUCUAUUUAAACCUAUAUAAUUAAAGCUCAUUAUUUAUUUUGUUCUCUUUAAAAAUUUAAAUAUUUGGUACUAAGUUAGUAAAGAAAUUAACUAAAAUAUUAAUUUUGAAAUAAAAAAAUACAUUUUAAAAUUGACAUAGAUAUAAUAAUAAUUUGAAUAACUAAAACCAUGUUAAUAAUUUUAUAACUUGAUAUUUGUAAACAUACAAAUUGAUUAAAGUACUACUAAAAUUAUAGAAAAAUCAAUCCAUUAUAGAAAAUAAAUCAAUAAUUUACAAAAAAUAUAUAUUACUGUGCAUAUAAAAUUUGAUUUGUACAGUGCUAAUGUUAAAACUACUAAAAAUCUAAAUGUUAAUAUCUUAUUUCUUACCGAACAUAAUAAAACUUACAUUAAUCAAAAAUAUAAACAGAUAUUUAGUGUUUACAAUUUAUGUUAUCUUAAAAAAUUAUGUAUAAUGUUUUAAUGUUUUAAUAUAUUUUUUAAACGUCUAAUAUAUAAUUAUUUUUACAGCUAAUGACUGCUACAGUUGAAACUGUAGUAGAACAGUUAGAUUUAACUCCUGUCAUGCCAGCAAUUGCUAGAGCUAUUACAUUAACAGAAUCUGAUGUUGGUAAAUAUUUUUCUACGCUUUUAUUUUUAACUAAUGUAAAUAGGAAAACAAAAUAGUUUAUUUAUAUAAAUAAAACUAUGACUUAUAUUACAUUUUAGUUUAAAUAAAUAUAUUUUUUAAUUUUUUAGGAUUAGCCACAGCAAGAGUUGCACAAGCUAAAUUAAUGAACGAAUAUGAUGAACCAAUAGAUGAAUCUGUCCAUAAUAUACAAGAUUUUUGGCAAACAGAACAAGGAAGAUUUCGAAUCAAAAUUGAAGAACUUCCUGACCAGUUACAAUUAGUUUAUCAUAUUCUAAAAGUAAAUUUUAAAGUUUAUGGGAAAAAUCUAGAUCUUAACUUUUUUCUUAUUGAUACUAAUUUUAAUUUUAAAAUUAAAUCAUUAAAAAAAAAAAAAACAAAUCUGUUUUAUCUAGUACAUGGUUUGUUGAAUAUCAAUGAAUGCAUAUUUUUAAUGUUUUUACUUGUCAUAGAUCAUUGUUCUACAUAUAUGUUAUUAAAAUAAUAGAAUAUUUGCAACCCCCUCCCCUCAAUAAUGUAUCAAAAUACUAAAAUCUUCCUAAGAAGUUUAAAAAUUUAUAUACAAAGCUUAUUAGUUAUCACUCCAUAGCCAUUAUAGUUAAUAUAUCUAGAAUAAUAGGGAAAUAAUUAACUAAGUAACAGAUGGUACUAUUUUUAUGAUAUACUAAGUAACAUAAAGAUUUGACAUAUGAAAUAACUUUUGUUCUGUUCAAUUUUUAAAAUUUUUCUUUUCUUGUGAUAAUUACUUGAGUCUUGUAUUAUGAUUUCUCUAUUAUAGAUUUUUUUUAUGACAAAAUACAAAUUAUUAAUUUUUUUAAUCAAAUCUUUUUAUAUUAUCCAAUAAAGUCAUUUUAUAAAUAUAUUUUGAAACAAAACUUUGGUACAAAUGAUGAAACGAUAAUUUUGAAAUUGACAAUAAUUAAUUGUUUUCAUUGUUAUUACUAUAUAAUACAAAUUGAUUUUUCAAUUUGUGCAUAAAAAAUAAUUUUGUUAAUGAUUUUUGUAAACUUCAAACAAUUAUAAAAACUUAGUAUUUCAUUAUUAGUUGAUAUGUGUAACACCAAAAUUUUGUUUUCAAAUUUAUAUUUGUUUAUAAAUGUCUAUCUUAAACAAUUUUUAUUGAAAUGUUUAAAAAAAAAAUUUUAAAAAGUGUUGAUACUGAGGACAGUUGCUGCCACUGUUGUAGAUGAGAAGUUGGAAGAUAGGGUACAUAAAGUUAUUUAAUUUAUAUCUGUAUUUAAUGAUAAUUCAUUACUAACAAAAAACAAUUUGGAGCUAAGUUCGAUUACAUAUAUUUUGAAAUGCCGUAAUUUUUACAAUUUUUAUUAAAAUUUGAUACUAAAUUUUUUUAAAAAAAACUAACUCAUUAAACUCAUAUUUGAUUUUAAAUCAGAUGUAAUUUUUCUCUUUUUUGAUUUUUCCCAAUGAUUAUAAAAACUAGAAAUUAUUACAUAAAAAACUUAAAAAUAUUAAACAGCCAAAAGUUAUUUCAUAUGUCAGAUUCGUGUUAUACUUAUAUAUUAAUAUUUUUUGUACAUAUUUAGGAAUUCCCUAAAACAAGCGAUACUAGUUUCAAGUAUUAUUUAUUACAGUCCCUAUAUCUUAUGGUUCUUCAUAGUGAUACAUUGAAUAAAGCUGUUAAAGAGCACAAAGGAUUUGUAAUAUGGUGUCAAGAAAAUUUAAUAAUUAAAAAGUAAGUAUACAUUUUAAUAAAAUGUAUUAUAAUAAUAUUAUAUUAGCACAAUUUAUGGGUAUGUAGACAUAUUGUUAUUUACUACAUUUAUAUAAAAUAUCUAGUAUAAUUUUUAUAUUUAUUUAGCAUUUGGGAUUGCAUUGAAGGUAUUAAAUCGCAUCUAUGUGAAGUCGCUAUACCUGUUAUGCUUCAUUGUAUAUCACUACCAUGUGGUAGUGACAUUUUUUGGAAAUUAAUCAGAGAUGAAUUUCAUAGUUCAGAUUGGCGUACUCGAUUCAAUGCAGGUAAAAGUAGCUAGUACCUGCACUUAUAUUUUAAUAAAACUUUGAAAUUAAAUUAUGUUAUAAUGUUAAAAUAAAAUAACAUAUUUUUGCUAAAAGUGGAAAAAGUGGUGCUGAUAUCUAGGUUCAUGGACAAUACUCCAUUGAGAAACAAUCCUCCACUUCAAUCAUGUAUAACAAAUGCCUUUUGUUAUCUAUUGUCAAGUAUGGAUGAUCGCAGUUCUUAUGUAGCCACAAGAGCAACCCUUCUAUUACCUACUAUUCAUGAUUCCGCAUUAAAGGUAGAUAACAUAAAUAAAAGUUGUAUUUACUUAGAUCUUAUUAUUUUUUGGUACAAUUUGUAUUAAUUUUAUGUGCAGAAUUUAAUUCAUUGUAUGGAAAUUCAUUUUGACACAGUAAUGGUUGAUAGACCUAUGAUAUUACAAUCAUUGUAUCAGUUACACAAUACUUUGAAUGACAGAAAAAUAUUAUCAUGGGAGUUUUUCUUGGGACGUUUUGAUGCUUUAUUUAUUGAAGCACAAAUACAAUUAAAAAAAAGUGGCGAUAUAACGCAUGUACGAGGUAAACAAUUGCAUACAUUUUCAAUAAAAAAAUUAAUUUUUCAAUUUUAAGGUAAUUUGAGUUCAUAUAAAAAACAUUAUUCUUAAUUGUAUUAGAUUUAAAAAAUUCUGAUAUCACUAGUGAUUCAUUUAUAAAAAAAGUUCAAAGAGCUCAUGAAGCUAUGUCACAUUCCUCGGAAUCAAAUUCUGUACGAACACUAAGUGCAAGUUUUGGUCAAAAGUGGCCAUACAAGAGAACUAUGUCUGCACCAGCUUCCACGCUAUCAAGGAACGAUCCAAAAUAUGGUUAGAAAUAACAUAUAAUAUAAUAAUGAAAGUAAUUUUAAAUGAACUUAGCAUAAUAUUUUAAAACCAAAUUUUGAUUUUGGCUUAUGCGCUAUAAAAAUGAAUAAAUAAUUAGUGACAUUCAAAUUUCUAGAAAAAUAUUCUGUAUUCAAAUCUGUGUUCAAAAAAAGGGGGGGUUCCGAUUUGAAAAUUAAAAGUAUGUAUCUACUUAUUUAAGGUAUAUGAAGUAGGGGUAGAUAAAAAUUAUACAUGGUUUUAAAAUAAACUCUUAACGAAUAUAAUGAUGAGAAAAAACAGAAAUCAAAUUCACUUAAACUCUAAAAUAAUUGCUGUUUCAUGAUAAAAAAAAAUCACUCUGUAUAUUAGAUUCUGAGUGGAGCGAAGAAGCUUAUGGUUUUAUAAAGAUGUUUUUUUUUUUUUUUUUACUGUGGACAACUUUUCUACCAGAGGACUUGCUCUCUACAUAUCUCAACUUUUCUAAAAGGAUAUUUCACUGGGGAGGUACUUUAAAAAGUUCGUUUUUCGAUUUUCUCCAGAGUUUUCUCAACAAAUGUAAAAGUCGGAAAAUAUAAAAAAAUGUAGGUGGGUAUUAGUUAAAAUAUAUUACGGCCUUCUUGUUUUGCUGUGCACACCUUUUCUACCAAAAAUUUUGUUUCAACUUAUAAUGAUAGCAAUGUUUUUAAAAGGAAAUUUCACUAGAAAGGUACUGUAGAAGGGUCAUUUUUUGAUUUUCUCAGGAGAUUUCUCAUCAAAUUUGAAAAACCGAAAAAACAGAAAAAGCAUAGGAACACUGGAAAAAUCGGUACAUUUAAACAAAUAUUAUUAAAGAAAAUAUGUAAAGCCUAUUCUAUUUAAUUAUUUUACUAUAAAAUGACAUAUAUUGUUGACAAAGCAUUAUUAUCAACUGAACUCCGCUCAGAUUUUUUUGUAUGCAAUGGUUUAUCGUUACUUACAGGUAUACAUUAAAUUAUCUAUAACAGUGGCCUCAUUAUCCUAGGACGUCCUUAUUUACUUUUCUAGUAAAAGUUGCAGAAUAGAAUAAAAAUUAAUUAUAAUAAAAUGCUUUUACAAUAUAUAAGUGAAAUUAUCAUGUUGCAAAUGAUUUGGAAUUUGUACAAAAGGACGUUUCAAUUCGUUUAAUAUAGCUUUCAUAACAUUUCUUUGAUAAGAACUUAUACCGCACGUGAAGCAAAGAAAAAACGGAGUAGUCAAGUGGACACAUCAAAGCCUUAUUAGGUGGCAUGCACUUUUUUGAAUGUUUAUACAUUUAAGGUCAUUAAAAAACCAUGGGGGAAACUUAGACUUCUUGAAGUCAACUCUCAGCACAAAACUAAAAAUACAAGAGUGAUUAUAGAUCUAUUCUGUGUAUUGAAAUCACAUUUUGAUUUUUCAUGUAAUUUUCUCAAUAAUUAGAAAAAUAAUAAGGAGACAGAAAUUUUGUGGUAUUAAUGGUUUUAUUAUUUUCGAUUUAGUCUUUUUAUUAUAAUUCAGUUAAAAAUACCCAUACAAAUCUACAAUUUAUAUAGAAUUCUAAUAUUAGCCUUUUAUAAAAGUGGUAAAUGUUCAAAACUUUCUAUAUAUAAUAAACAUUUUUAAGCUAUUUAUAACAAUUUAACAUUUUUGAGUUUUUUUAGUUUUUAUUUGGUAGGUAUUAAGUGUAUAAAAUUGUUUGACUAAACAAAAAUGAUUGAACAGUUUAACACGAGGUUUAUUGUAAAUUGUAUUUAGAGGUAAAAAAAAAAAGUUGAGUGAAUUAGUAUUUUUUUAUAAGUGUUUUAAGAUUAAAUUUUGGUGAAAAUUAUAUAAAUUAUUACAUUUCAAAACAAUAUAUGCCUGAAUUUUGUUCAGAAUCUUUUUUCAUUAAUAUAGCUUAAUUUUUAAAAACAGGUAUAAAUAAAAUUAUUUUUUUAUCUAUCCUACCUUCUUAACUUCCUACCUUUUUAAUACUUACAUCUUACCAAUGUCAAAAUCAGAACAAUUUUUUUUUGAAGAGGAGGGUAGUAAAUUAAAAAUGUUCAAUGUUCUAAUUUUAUUGAUUGAAAUUAUUAUUUUUGCUCAAUUUAAUAGAACAUGAACAAAUUUCAGGGGAAAGAAGGAAGAUUGAACUCUCAAAACUCAACAAUAGGUAUAGGGUUUCAUUUUACAGCUACGUAAAUUAAAAUUAUUUAUGCAUUAUUAGUUGAUACUUUGAUGUUUUAGUUUAUAUUUUAUUUUUUUGAGGCAUCAAAUAAUGUUUUAUAAGACUUAUUAUAACGCAUAUUUUAACUUUUUAUAGAGCAUUUAUUAAAGUUGUUUAAUAUACCAAACUCUACCUUUAAAUAAUCUAUGAAUGUUAGUUUAAAAUUUAAGAUCAUGUAAAUUAAUAUGUCUAGGUGAUAAAGUUUAUAAUAGGCAGUUUUCUGCUCCAAUUUUGAAACGAAAAACAUCACAGCUUAUUACUCCAAUUCUGUCAAUCCUUCCAGGUACUAUUGUAAAAAACUUGAUAUCAUUUUUCUAAUAACUACUCUACUUUGUAAUAAAUAAUUUUUUGUAGAUCAUGCUUAUGGAAUAGAUUCACACGAAGACAAUGCUGGCGAGCUCUUACAGCGAAUUGUUGAUUUAGAAGAAUCUGAUAAAGAAACAAGCAGUUUAAUUGUAUUUCUAUUUAUGCAAUACAUGUCACGUCCAGAACACGUAAUUUUAAACUACCUUAUUAUCUUAAACUUUAAUAAGUUAAUUAAUUAUUUAUUAUAGGCAUAUCCAGAAGAAUCAAAACAUGGAAUAAGAGUCCAAGGUAUUGUGUUACAGCAUUUAUAUUUGUUAUUAGGUUACAACUAUAAUGAAAAAGGAUUUCUUUUACCACCAGAAAAAUUAAGGUAUUUAUUUGUAUUUUAUAGUUUUUUUUUUUAGUUAUUAUUUAUUAAAAAAUUAUUUUAUAAUUUGUAUAGAGUUUUACCAGUUUUUAAUUCAUUUUUGUCAAAUUUGCCACAAAUGUUGGAUCAAAAUUUUACAAUGGGUCAUGUUAUUGCACCGACUGCACUUUUAUUGCUUCAAUAUUGUCCUUCUCCUGAAGCACAUUCUAUUAAUGCAACAUAUUCUUUAUGGUUUUUAGAGCCAAUGGCUAGAAAGUCAUGGCUUAUGUCUGUAAUGGUAUUUCUUUAUAAGGUAAAUACUAAACAAUAAAUUAUAUUUGUUUAUGUUAUCUAAUAGUUUACUUGAUUGGGUCACUUUAAUUUCAGUACAAUUUUGAUAAAGAACCUGUUAGCCCCCUUGUAGUAUCAUUAAUGGAGAUAGUUUUGAAUACACUAAAUGCACAACAACAUGUUUGUAACAGAAUACCUCCAACAGUUGUAAUGCCAGAUACUUCUAAAACUAAAAGUUUGUAAUUACAUUUGGAUUUAAUACUAUACAAUAGAUAGUAAUAUUUAAUAUUUUUGCCAUAUUUAAGUUGAAAAAAAUGGCGAAUCUUUUUUAUGCAUGGAAUCACAAAAGUUAUAUGAAUCCCAACCAUCCACCUCAAAAAGAUAUCCAAUGAGCAUGGAAACUCACUGGGAAGAAGGUCCAUUUCCUAAAAGAACUCCACAUAAACAAGGAUCUACGUAUGUAAUUUAUCAAAUUAUUUAACAAAUACGUAUAUUUUUAUAUUAAUAAUUCAACACCCAGAUGGACAAUUUUACAUAAUUGUUGUUAAUAAUUUUAAUAUUUAAUUAGUGGAUCAACCGAACCAGAUGAAACAGAAUCAGAUUUAGCCAUUGCUCCAGAAAAAUAUAAAUCUGACAGUACGACCGGUCACUAUAGUUCACACGUAAGUACUUAUUACUAUUUAUACAUUAUAUAUUUCAUUUUAAUACACUUACCUAGUGCAUAUUUCUAGUAAAUAAAUCAAGUAUUUAAUAUGUGUAUAAAUAUUAUGAAGGGAAUUUGAUUUUGGGAUUUAUUAAUAAAUAUUUUUAAAAUUGUAUAAUUGGUUUCUUGAAAAUCAAGAAAAAUUUUGAAAUGUAUUAUGGUUUUUAUCAUGUGUUUUACUAUUGGUGUUUUAUCUCUAAAAACAAUUUAAAAAGACUUAGUUCUUUUUUUGGAUGAACACGUUUUUUAUAUAUAUUUCCAAUUAAAAAAACAGAUAGCAAAUGUUUUCAUACAUUUAUAUAUCCCUCAAUUUAUUGGUGUAUUUAAAUUAUGAACAAAUUGUUUAUGAAUAUUAAAAAUUUUAAUUCUUAUUGCCCAUAUAUGCAAUAUAACUUACUAUUUUGAAAUGACAGCACACAUAUUUUUACUUACAUACUUUUUUUUCAUGAAACUUUUUUUUAUUCCAUAUAUUAACAAUUUAAAGUUUUAAUAAUACAUUUUUUUGUACAAACAUAUGCACACAAAUUAAAAUGUUGGAGAAUGUCUUAUAAACACUAUAACAAAGCUUAACUUAGAAUUGUUUUUUGAAUGUGGAGAUUGACUAGUUCUUUCAAAUUUAUAAAACUGGCUCAAAUUAAGAUGAUUAAAUUAAGAUACUGUACCUAUAUACCUAUCAUUUCCAGCUUUAUUUAUGUGUUUGCUAAUGUUUGCAUGUGUUAUCAAAUGUUAUUUAUAAUUACCUCUUAGUUGAAUAAUUUAUUCAAUUUUUUUAAAUGUAUUUUUAAAUUAAAUUUCAAAGUAAUAUUGUUAGCAACUAUUUUUAUAAUUUUACAGGGUUCAUUUGAUGAUUCAGUGGAUGAAACCUAUAGUAGAAAAACACCACUUAGAUCAUUUUGGUCAAAUGAAAAUAAUAUUGAUGUAAGAAAAUAAUUAAAUGUUUAUGAAUAAUUAUAGGUUAAAAUGUAAAUUAAAUAAUUUAAGGAAAAGGCGGAUAAAUGGGGCGUAAAAGAAGGAAUGAAAAUGUUAGCAACAUCAGCAAUAAUCAGUGUUGCUAAUCAACCAAAUUUUUUAACACCACCAGUGCUAGCGACUACUUCAACUUCAUCACCUGAAAUAAAUACAACAUUAAAGUAAUUAAAACAACAUAUACAAAUAUGAUUUUGAGAGUUUUAAUUAUAUAGAUAUCUAAAUUAAAUCUUUUAAGAAAAUGUGAAGAAACAAUUGAAGAUAAUUUCCAGUAUAAAUUACGUACAUUAUACAAUCCAAAAGAUAACAGUCAAACAUCAACAUCAUCUUCUUCAGUAACAUCACACCCACCAAUAAUUUCAAAUAUAAAAGAAAAAUUAUUAUUACACAAACCACCGCCAAAAUUUUAUAACUGUCCAGAAUCUCCUCUAUCAAAAAUGAAAAUACAUCCUAACUCAUCAUUUUCCAAUGGUAAUGACAUUGAGUAAAUAUUUGUACUAUUUGUAUAUUUAAACAAAGGUUCUAUUAUUGACAAUUAUGGUAAACUAAAUAAUAUUAUGUGAAAAGUUGAUACAAAUUUUGAAUAUUUAGAUGAAAUUCAGACAGAUUUGGGAUUUAAAUUGGAAGUUAAAAUAGAAAAAAAACCACUAGAAAUACCAGCACAAGAACGCCUAUUACCAAUUGGAACAACAAUAAAUCUUGUGCAAAAAAUUAACAAAACUUUUGGCUUAGGAGACAUGGACUCGACAUCACAGUCAUCAUCCCUUAAUAGAGAAGAUAGCUCUGAAAAAGAACAAGUAUAUAUUACUGCAAUUGUAUUGUUUGUCUAUUUAAUACAGUGCUAACAAUGAUAUAAUUAUGGGCGGACAUAACAUUUAAUAAAAGUUCCAGCACCUCUCUUGACUCCCUAAUGAAAAUCUAAAGUACUAAAUAUGUGCUUACUGAUUUAUCUAAUUGGAAUGUGUCAAUAAUUUUAGAUUGUAAUAAAUAUAAUAAUUAUACAGGAUUUUCAUUAAAAUAUAAUGUAGUCUUUGAAUUAUUAAACUUUAGAUUUUAUAGUAAAUUAGUUAAUUAGUGUACAAUUGUUACGUUACCUUAGAGUUGUAAAAUUUAAAAUUAUGAAGUACAUGUGAAUCAGUUAUAAAUGGGUUAGAACAUAAAAUCAUAAAUAAUGUAUACAAAUAAUAACAAUUUAACACACAUAUAUAUAUAUAUAUAAAAUAUAUUUUUUAAUUAUAUUUUACAGAAAAGUAACCACCAUAGCCCACGCAAAUUAAUUAAACAAAGUGCUCUAGAUAGUCCAGAAGACAAUAAAUCAUCAACGUUUUCAUCUAUGCGACAUUCUUUGAAUUAUGGAAAUGAUUCACAUAAAAGUUCCAACAAUUAUCAUAGGUAAUAAUUUUUCAGACCAUAACAAAUUAUAAUGGAUUUUUUUAUUAUUAAAUUAAUUAUUUUUAUUUAUUAUAUUUAUUUAAUUAAGAUGGGCAAUCAGUGAUGUAACAAAUGGGGGUAAUAUGGGUGAAAGGCACUUUUGGGCCACUGUAGAAUUAUGUAUCAUUGAUUCUUACUGUUUAAUAAACUGUAUUUUUAAAAGCUUUAUGGUAAGUGAGCCGCAAAAAAUUGCCUUGCACUCCAAAUAACAAAUUAAUAGUUGUGGCAAUGUGAACAAUAAUAUAUUAGUAUCUAUAUUAGGCUUAAUGGCCUUUUUAUAAUUGAUAUUAUUUUCAAUAUUCAAUCAAAAAGUGUUUAUUAUUGCUAUUACUAUUAUAAGGUUUUUACUGAUUCAUAUAAUUUUAGUUUUUGAGUAGAGUGAGAAGCUUAUGGUUUUUAAAAUAUGUUUAUUUUUUUUUUUUUUCUAUUGUGAACAAUUUUUCUACCAGAAAUCUUGCUCCGAUUUUUAAGUGUAGUACCUUUUCUGGAAGGAAAUCAGACUAUAGAGGUACUUAAGUGAGGUUAUUUUUUUGAUUUUCUUAGAAGUUUUCUCAACAAAUGUAAAAAUCCUAAAAGACCUUAAGAAAAACAAGAAAAUGUACGAAAUGUUUUACCUUAUCAUGCUAUAAUAAUACCAUCAGCAAACUGGAAUUUUAGGCCCAUCAGUUUUCAUGUCAUAUAUAUCUUUAGUAACUGUACUAAGUGUAAAUAUUUAUUUUACGCAUCCACGAUUUUUCCUGAAGUACUUCAAAAUAAAAUUGACAAAUGAAGAUUUAAAAUAAAAAUGUCUGAGUAUACCUUUUGGUAGUACUUUUAUUGUUUAUUUUGAUAUUCAAAUAAAGUUUAUAUGACCAAAGAAGUCUGAGUACUAAUAAAAGUAUGAAAACAUAUUUUUUCUAAAUUGCCUGUUAGAUUGAUAAACUGCUGUGGAUGAAUGGGUUACAUCUGCCAUUCAUGUUAAAUAAUACAUUUUUUUUUUUUUUCAUUUGUAAUUAAUUUUAUCUAUCAAGUAUCUUAGGUAUAGAUAUAUGCAAUAUAUUUUAUUUAUUCCAAAAUCCUAUUAUUAACAUAAUUUAUAUGAUCAUAUUUGUAAAAUUCUUUAGAAAUAGUCACUUUCAAAAUUCAGAUCCUCCAAUUUAUGGAACCAACUCACAUAAAAAAGUUAGCAAUAGUAUGAGCCGCAUUGGAAUAGAUUCUGUACAAGAAAGGUAACUAUUUAAAAUAUAUCAAAUUAUACCUAUUUAAAAAAUAUAAACUUACUUGAUAAAUAUAUUUAUUUUAUGUAAUUUUAUAUAGGUGUAGUGAUUGUGGAACACGUAAAGAAGAAUAUAGUGAUGAUGAAAUUGGACUUUGUGUUGUGUUGUUGGGAACUUUUGUUCAUCGUGCUCCCUCAGUAGCUGCUUGCCUUUUACCUAAAAUACUAAUAGUAUUAGCCAAGUAAUUAAAUUAUUACACGGUAUUUAUAAUGUUUUACUUGUAUUUUUUUUUUUGUAACAGGUGUCAUUCUAAACCCACUUUCUUAUGGCAAAAAGAUAGCCAAAAGUUUUUACCUUGUGGUUCAACUAGUAUUGCUAAGAAAUUUUUAAGAUGUAUUCUUUAUCAAUUAGCACCAAACGGAGUAUUCACACAAAUAUUCCAAAUGAAACAUAAUGGUAAUAAUUAGAAUCAUUUAAAACUAUAAGAAAGUAUUAUAUAAACAUAAAAUAAUUCUUUGGUUAUAGAAAGCCAUGAAAAUAAUUUCUUUAAGAGUAUUAUACAGGCUUUAAUGGAUUUUAAUGAAAUGAAUCCUAUUGAGCCAUUGCAGAUGGUUUUAGAAGUAAGUAAUGUUUAUAUCUAUUAACAUUUACCUACCAUCCAGAGACUGAAACUUUUUGGUUUUUCAGUUCUGAUUCCGAUUUCAGUAAUCAAUUAUUUUAUUUAUAAGUUUUGAAAAAUACUAAUUAAAAGUUAAAGUUAUUAACAGUUUCAAACAUUUUUUUUUCUUCUUUUGUAUUUGGGCCAAUAUUAACUAUAAUACCAGUGUUUUACUACUUUUUAUUGAGUACUUACUAUUAAAAAAUUUUAAUUUAGGUAUAAAUCCACAUUUAAGCCUAAAUGAUAACUAUAUACAAUUCAACUGUUCAAGAUUUCACAAUAAUAUUGAAUUUUUAUUUGAUAAAUAUAAUUUCAGAAAAGCUAUUAACUAUAUUAAUAAGUACAAUAAGUAACAAAAAAAUACAACUAUAGGUACUUAGGUACAAGUUUUUACUGUGUAUAAUUUAUUAUGAAUAUUUUAGGUACUUGCCUAUAUGUUAUAUAAUAAUGUAAUAUAAAGCUCAUAUGUUAUAGAUACCUACUUGUGUUUAAAAAAAAAAAAACAAAUUAAUCUUUUUAAAAAUUAAAAACAAAACAGUUACAAUAAACAUGUUAUUUUGAAAAAUAAAAAUUUGAAAUUAAGGUAGUAUAACUAUUGCAAAACCCUGUAGUUAUCAAAUUAAAAUUGUUCAAAAAUAUGGGUUCGGGUCUUUCAAAAAUAUUUAAAUUUGAAACUGGUUCUACAUAUUUUAAGGGUUUUUGGUUUUCAGAAUUAGUUUUUUCGGUUUAGUUCCAAUUCCUAUCUUUAACCUAUAAUUUACCCCUAGAAGUAGGUAUGAAUUACAAUUUACUGAUUCACAGCCAUAACAUAUAAUAAAAAUGUUGGUAAUUUAAAAUUAGUGUUAAUUUAAAAUUUAAGAAGGUAUUUAUUAUAUCAAUGUCCAUAAAUAUUACAGUUUUUAGUUAAUGUACAAUAGAAACAGCUUAUUAUGACAUUCAAGAGACCAGUAUAAAUUAAUGACCAAGUCAUUAUCAGGGCUCAGAUUUUUUAGCACUGAAAAUAAAUGGAAUAUACGGUAUAAUAUGAUAUAAAAAAUCGUAUAAUAUGCUUUAAUAUAUCAUAAAACAUGAAAAAUGGUAAAAAAGAAAAUAUAUUUAUUCUAAAUUCUAAGUAAAGCGAGGAAUGUAUUGGUUUUACUAUGUUUAUUUUUUUAUACUAUGUACAAAAAUUCUACCAGAAAUCUUUCUCCGAUAUGUACAUGCGGCAUCAUUUCUAAUCUAACCUUGCCCGUGGGUGGGCCACUGUUGUAGGUAAGAAGUUAAGAAGGUAAAGGGAAAUUUAAUCUAUAUUUGUUCAUAACAUUUAACCAUUCGUAAUAAAAAACAAUUCUGAGUAAAAUGCUUGUAGUAGUGUUACUUUGUCAACAAUAUAUUUAUGUCAUAUUAUGGUAAAGUAAUUACAUAGAUACCUAUGCAUUACAUAUUUUCAUUAAUAGAAUUUGUUGAAUAUUGUAUUUAUUUUCCUGUUUUUUUCCAUUUAUAGGGAUAACUCCAGGGUAAAUAAAAAAAAUUACCUCCUUAGAGUACUAUGUAGAUAAAAUUUCGUUGCAGGAAAGGUGCUACACUUGAAACAUUGGAGCAAGAUUACUGGUAGAAAAGUUUGCACAACAAAUCGAGGGGUAUUUUCCGGUUGAAAUAGCCAGAGCGAACAAUGGCUUGGGUCUCUAGGCAUGCUCAAAAUGCAUUUGUCUUUUUUUUGAAAUUAGGAAUUUAGGACACAAAACUUAUAUUUAUUUUUAUAUGCCUUUUCUGGAUGUAGUAAAAUUUUAAAAAUUGCUAACCAUUUUUAAGCUAUUUAAAUAGAUAUAUUAAUUUUUGAGAGUUUUGUAUGUAACUUUUAUUCUGUACCUAGGUUCUUUGUAAUAAAAUUGUUAGACUAAAAAGAGUUUUUUGGAAAUUUAACAGGAGGUUCAUUAAUAGUCUUACUUUAUGGUUAAAACAAAAAAAUUGAGCUUAAUGUAGUAUUUUUUUUUUUUUUUUUUAAGGAAUUUUAAUAUAAAAUGUUGACAAAAAUCGUUUGAGUAAAAAAUUUUGUGUAACAAAUCUAAUUUUUCAAUUUUUAGUUUUGAACAAUAUAUGUAUAUUGCCGAUUUAAGGACGAUGAUAAUGUUAAUGUCAGAAUCGAGCAAACUAACUUAGUUUCAAAAUUAUAGCUUUCUGAAGUUCUGAUAUUAUACAUUAUAUAUUACAUACCAUAUUUUAUCAUUAUAAAUAAUGUAGUUUAAAAUCUAUUUUCUUAGGUCUUAAAUUCCAAGAAAUCAUUGACAACAGAUAAUUGUAUUAUAAUGUUAUCAAAUGUAACAUAUUAUAUUGAUAUAUUAACUUCUGACACUACUGGAACAACAUCUACUUUGAUUUGGACUACUAUUCUUAGUCACUUUGAUACAAUGUUCAGAAAAGUUCAAUUAACAAUAAGCAGCUUUGAAAAUAUUAAUUUAAUACUUAAGCUGAUGAUUAUAGUGUUGAAAAUACCUGGAAUUAUUUCAACUAAGGUAAAAUUUGAUCAAAGGUAGUAUUUGUGAAUGUAUUAAUAAAUAUUUAUUUAACUAAUUAAACUAUUUAUAAUUGUUUUAAAUAUAAGAUGUAUUUAUAUAAUUAUACAUUGUGCAUUUUUUAGAGUAUUUUAGAUCCAUUUUCAAAAAUAUUGGCUUAUGCCCUCCAACAACAUUAUAUUGAUUAUUAUUUAUUAGUUGAUCUUUGUUCUUUAAGUUACAAAACAUUUGCAAGGGUAAGCAUGUCAUACUUUAUAAAUACAUAUUUUAAAUAAUGAGAAUAAUUGAUAGGAAAGAGAAAAAACAAUACUUACAAGGGCAGUUACAGUUGAGUUAAUACAAGCAUUAAAAUUCAAAACUCAAAACCUCAACAACAAUCUAUUGGUUUAUGUUGCUUUUAUACUUCAAGUAAAAUUAUUAAAUAUAUAAUACGUAAAAUAUAACAUAAAUUUUAAAUUAUUGUUUCAGGAUAUCGGUGGAAUAUUACCUGAGUGUUCAGCAAUUGAAAAUAUAGUGCCAACAUUCCCAGAAAUUGUAUCCAGCGUACCAACGGGUGCAUCAGAACUUUUGAGAAAUAAUUUACAAGAUAUUUUAGAUUUUUUGACAGAUAUUAAUACAUUAACAAAAUUAAAGGUUAUUCUUAAAUCAUAUUAUUUUUUUUUAAAUAUUUUCCAUUUAAUUAAAUUUACAUAAAUAUGUUUAUGUUUAGAGUCGAUGUACAACACCUGAAGAAGGCAUUAAUGAAGAUACAUUUGGAAGUAUCGUGAAAGCUGGAAUGUCUCAGUACUUAUCGUUAGAACUAUUAAAAAGUAAUACUCGGGAUGCAAGGUCAUUAAAUAAGAUAUUUCCUUGGUUAUAUUAUGGACCAAAUGAAAUACAAACAAUUGGGUAAAAAUGUUAAAUAAUUUAAUUAUAAUAUGUUAAAAUAUAUAACUGGACAGCUUCUUAAACUUAGUUGAGUAGCAAAAUUAAUUAUUUUUAAUACUAAAGUUAGCCAAAGAUUAAUAGUUGAUUACACAAAAGGUAAAGUAUGAGUUGGGGAUUUUUUUUUUUAAUACCUCAAAUCUCACUUCAAUUUUUCAAACUACUACGACUGACAUGUCCACCCUAUAAGCCCUAUAAGUUGUAUUCCAUUAUAUUCCUUAUACUGUAUUUUCUCGUCACAUGUAUCCUACCCUUAGUUAUAUUGCUAAAAAAAAUGUAUUUUUUUUUAUAUUAAAAUAUAUUAUACCUAAGGUUUUUGUAUAUUAUUAUUUUUUCAAUCAGCAGCCUACUAAAAAAUAUUGUUUUUUAAUUAAAGUAUUUAUGUACUAGAACUUUUGGAGAAUUUAUUAAAUAUUUUGUAAAAUUCCUAUUUCAGAUUAUUCAUUAAUAAUUGUAAAGACUUUUCGGAUUGUCUCAGUCAUAUACGCUUAUUAUCUUGGAUUCUAAUUGGAUCGCUCUCAUAUACAACAAUGCAAAAUAGACCAUGUUUACCAUUAUCUCAAGAUGUUUCAUGCCAAAUAGCUGAUCAUAUUAAUGUAAUUAUGACAGGAUUUGCAGAAGAAUCAAAGUCAUCAGUUAUUCAUAUGUCAUCUCUCUUUCAUGCCUUUGUACUUUGUCAAGUAAUAAUAUAUAUAUAUGUAAAUAAUUUAUAAAACAUAAUUUUAAUUAAUUUUAAACUAAUUUAUUAGUUAUGGACCAUUUAUAUGGAACAAACAGCUCAACAAAUGGUAACAGCUGGUGAUCAUCAUUCUUUUACAAUGAAUAUAUUACAUGAUUUUUGGAAUAAAAUUACACAGAGUAUGCUUAAUCUAUCAACCAAAUCGAAAACAGUUAAGUUUAUAGCAAAAAAAACUUUAAUAUUUAUGACUUAUACUUAAUACUUUAUAUUUUUUUAUUGUAUCAUGCUGACUGCCCUUAUAUCUUUUAUCUAAAAUGUGUUAUAUCCAUUUUAAUACAUUUCUUUCCCCAAAUCUAAAAUUUAAAAACAACUCAUAAUAAUAAUUCUUUGUUUAAUGGUUAAUAAUUAAUUAUUUCUUUAUUUGAAAAAUAACAAACUAUAAAUAUAUACAAUAAUAUUAUUGUUUUUAUUCAGUUGGGAGAAAUGGUGAAUUUGCAUUUUUUGAGUUUACUUGAAGCAUUACUAGAGUGCCGCACUGUAACAUUGUGUAAACUUAUACCUAUGUGGAAAGAAGUAUUAUUUACUGAUAAAAAUAUUAAGGUAUAAAUCAAUAUCUUAAAUAAAAUAUUUUAUACCUAAAUAAACUACUAUAUACAUUUUAUAUAUUUUAUUGGUUACAGUUACCAGGGCAUAUGAAAUUGCGUUUAGAUGCAUGUAUUGAAUUUGAGCCUAGAGAACCUCCGUCAGUUAAACCUAGAUCUGUUCUUUCUAAAUCAGAAGUAAAUUUAGAUAUUCUUAAAUGGUUACAAACAGUACAAUUUAAAAUGGCACAAAUUGAACUUCAAUCAUCUCAAGUAAACCAAUUUUAUAAUGUUUAAAAUUAUACAAAUUCAUGACUUCACUGCCUAUGACUUUUAAUAUUGGCUAAUGAAAGUAUAUAGUCUUGCUACAAGAAAGUGAAAUACUAAAUUCAAACUAAUUAUAAAAUAUCUAAUAUUAUACCAUUAAUUUAUGAAUGACUUAACUAAAAUAUUUCACAUUUAUGAUGUAUUAUUUACUCAUAUUUAAUAUUAAUAAUAAUGGUCAAUUUUGUUUUUAGUCAGCUAGAUUUUUUCUAAACUCUGUUAGUCUGAUAAAUGGUUUAAAUUUACAAAUAGAUUUUAUUUUAAAGUAGAUAUUUAAGUAUGUGAUAAUCUUAAGAAGAUGCACUAUGUAUUAUUAUGAUUUAUUUGUAAACUAUUUUGGAGGUGAAUAUUUACAAUUUUAUCAAUAUAUUUCAAGUAAAUACAUUUAAAAUAUUAAAGAUAAUUUAAG